CGCCACCUGUAAAUAUGCAACCAGGAAGAUUUCCUUAUCGUUGUCCUUAUUGGCUGUACAAAGUGGAACCGAGUGGAAAGUUCCGGUGCUUAUUUCUUGUGCUUCGUGACACUCGAAGAAAAAUAGACUAAAUCUAAUCAAAUCAUGAGAGGUUUGGAGUUCAAGUGCUUUUUCUACGUGAAGUUGAUGGACUGAAUGGAAGGCCAUUAAUUUUGGACAGAUGUUAACACAGCUAGCCGGACAGAACCCUUAGACUAAACUUUAAGCUUGUUAAAAGCUCAGGUGUUUUGAUAACCCAGGGAAGUUUUUCUAAAAAGAACUAUGAAUUCUCGGAGAGACUUGACGGUCCAGCCCACCACCCUGGUCCGCUGUAUGCGGUACAGUCACAUCAGCCAGUUGUGUCAGCUUCUAGACCCUGACCAAGCAUGGAAACACAUGACUGACUAUAUCACCAAACCCAAUGGCCAGCCGAAAUAUAACUUUGAUACAAUAUGCAUGUUAGAAAUGGAAGUCCAGAGGCCGAAUGGCAGCCCAACAAGAAAACUGAUUGAGGAUUGGUCUACCCAGAACACCACGGUGAAAGAUUUGCUGGAUGUUCUCGUUAAGUCAAAACUCUACCGAGCGGCCAACUUCAUCAGUGUGGAUGUAUUAAAGGGUGACAAAAUUGAAGAAAAUGAAAUAAUCUUGUAUGAUAAAAAUGAUUCUGUGGGGUCUCUUCCUUGCCCUGGUCCCACAGAGAGCAGCAACUUGGGUCACUUAAACAUCGAGUUGGGCAGCGUGCAAAGCUCCAGUGACAGUAACAACUUUUCUAAUGACAAUAGCAACAGCGGCAGUAUUAGAGUCCAUAGACUGGACCACAGCAGUUUUGGAGGGCCUGCAGAAAAUUCAGAAGGCAAGAAUUUAGCUCGUUGCCCGUCUGAGAAUGAUUCAAGUCCCUACCUCGCUUCUGAAGAAGUGAAUCAGAUGAUCUCAUUAAAGAAUGAUGUGGAGAACGGAAAGGGGUUGGAUGUUGAGCAGGCUACUGACCCUUACUGUUCUCAAGAGACGGUGCUUGUCGGAGCUGAGAAUGAGGAGAAGAAGGACACGCAGGCAGCAGGAGACGAUAUGUCAAGUCUGAUACAAGAUAUUGUGGAAGGGUUGGAGCAUGGAGACAGUGUCAAGCACUUUGAGUAUUCCAAGUUGAAGCUGAUUACAGGAAACUUUAACAGGACGGCUGUCAGUGAGAAAGGAAAUUUCCUCGGACAGGGAGGAUUUGGGGAAGUAUACCUUGGUAAACCAGAUAGUAUCCACUUAAUUGCUGUGAAACGUCUGAUGGACAGAGUUGAUACAGUAAUGAAACAGUUCAAAACUGAGCUACAGGUGCUUUCAAAAUACCGCCACAAAAACCUGCUUCCUCUGCUUGGCUACUCCAGCGAUGGUCCUCAAUUCUGUAUAGUAUUUGAGUACAUGCCGAAUGGCUCUGUCGAGGACAGGCUGGCGUGCAAGGAAAACACACCACCCCUUUCUGUGGAGCAGCGAUUAGAAAUAGUCAAGGGUACAGCGCGUGGCAUCGUCUUCCUCCAUACCUUUGACGAGAAACCUUUAAUACACAGAGACAUAAAGAGUGCCAACAUUCUUCUGGACUGUAACAUGGUUCCAAAGGUCGGAGACUUUGGCUUUGCCAGGACGGGCUCGGCUAACCCAGCGUCGAUGAAAAUGACCACAACAGUCAUCGGCACGUCUGCGUACAUGGCCCCCGAAGCCGUCAAGUUUGACAUCUCCAUCAAAUUGGACACUUUCAGUUAUGGUGUGGUGCUCCUAGAAUUGCUGAGUGGACUGCCCCCUUUUGAUGAGGAGAGAGAGGAGAAGGAUUUGGCCUCCUAUGUGGAUGAAAACUAUUCCAGCGAGAACGCCCUUGAGCUAGCUGACAGAACGGCAGGAGAAUGGCCAGAGAGCGUGUUUAAUAGCUUAUUUAGCACAGCAGUUAACUGCCUCAAUUACAAGAAGAAACUUCGCCCUACCAUGCAAGAGGUCCUACAAGAGAUUGAAGAUCUGUAGCAAUCCUAGGAGAUUUCAUGUAAAUAGGGGUGACCCAGACCCAAUCUCAGUCUUGAGACUGGGACGUAAACAAAAUACUGCCAGAAGACGGACCUGUUUGAUAAUUAUAAGCUUAUAAGUUAGAGUUAAAGACACUGAUAAAGUCAUGAAAUAUGGCAUUUUUUUCAGAAUCUCAACCUGGUAUUUCCUCUACACUUGCCCUCACUUGUCCAUGGUUGGUGUACAACAUUGUUAACAAGUAAACAUUUUAGGAGUAUUAUCAUUUUAUCAUGACUGAUUAAGGCAAAGAAGUUGAAUAUUUUAUAUGUUGUCCUUCAAAUACAGAAUGAAUGGAGGCCUCACUCUUUGA